UUGCGCGGUGCACGAGUAUCGUGCGGCAUGGUCAACAGGUAGAAGAGACAGACAGGUGGCCGGACGAUGUAUUCAUGAUGUCGGCGACGAUCCUGAAAAGUGGCUAGUGGCCGCGAUCGUUCGCCGCGUACGCUGGAUAUUCCAACAUUCAGAAUUUGUUAUCGUGAACUCUGAUGACAGCGUAAAUUCUAGUGACAGCAGUGGGCAGACGCGAGUAUUUCCCAAGUUUUUGUGUUUCACCAGUGUGCAUUUAUAAUUCAGGAUAAACAAAUUGUUUAGGACGUGUGUUUGCAAUCACUUUUGAUCCUGACGUUAUAAAAGAUGUCAUAAUUGAGUAACUAAGUGAUAAAACAGUAUUGUAGUUUUAUUGUACAACUCCAUUAUGUUGCGUGCCAUACUUGAGCGAUUUGAUUUACAUCAGACUACAUAUAAAAUUAUUUUUGUAACGUCUUAUCAUAAUUAGCUGUAUUAUAAGUUUCAUAAUACGCGUAACAAGUAGUUUCGAAUUUCUUGGAAUAACAAGUGAGAGAAUUCAAUGUUACGGAGAAUUUCUGCCAAGUGUCUCUGAAGUGCAAGUGAAACACUUACGGAUUGGGGUUGAUGACAGACUGAAUAUCAACAGGGAGAGAAAGAUUUUUUGUAAUCUUUGUCGACUGUGAAAGUGGAACUAAGUGUGUUUCAAGUAUCUUUUGUUAUCAGAAGUGUAAAGAGGGAGUAGUAGCUAGCUACUUGCAUCUACUACCUUAGUAGCUGGCUUUGUGUCAGCUGCAACGGAAGAUGUAACAAUCAAAACAGACCAGUAUCUCCAAAUGUUAACUACAAUCAUGCCGUUCCAUUCAAGAUUUACCCAAGCCCAAGUAAACGGCCUCAAGAUUCGAUCAUUGGUCCAUCUAACACUCUCCUAAUCCCAUUUGCUCAAGGAUACGUUCCCUGUGCGAUUUAACGAAUGAUCGAAAGCGAUCAAGAUGGUGAUCGCGAGUGAAUCCCCUCAGGACGUCGGAGCGUCCGGUAAACUGAGACGGUCCCGUCGACUGUCCUCGACCAGGGGAUUGAAGGUACGAGCAAUCGCAAACACAGCUGGUCAAGCGACGUCGCGACCGGAUUUGAAUCAGAAGCUCGGACUGUGUCCCAUAGUUAGUCUGAACCUGGCCGAUACGAAGUCCCGAGCGCCGAUCAAUUGGGAAUUGAACGAGAGGAUCAGCUUGAGCAGUGGAUCGAGCGCGGGUUUAGAGGUGCGUCCGGACGCGAGAAAAGGAAUCGAGCUGAGCGAGAAUAGGAAGAAAUCGGAUACCGACGAAAGGACAGUUCGUCGAGAAAACAUCAACGGUGGAAGAACAAACUUGCGGCUCAUGAACGUGUCGGGUUUUGGCCCGGAUCAAGAUAAGAAACGCAAGGAUUCGUGGACGAUCGAAAUCGACGUGAUCGAAAAACCAGAGAGAGAAAAGGAAGAGGAGGACAAUGUGAUCAAGAGCGAUUCUAAGUAUGAGAUAGGAAUCCCUAGCGAAGGAACCGCUGGGUCUAGGAAGACGACGAAACAGAAACGACAGCUGUCUGCCGGUACUAAGACUCAAAAGCCUGCGAAGAAUGAAGAGGACGAGAACAUGAACGGGAAAUGGGGCAGAAAGAAGACGGAGAAAACGAACGACUCGAUCACGAAGAGGCUGGAAUUGAUCCAUGAACUGAACCAGAAGAUCCUGGCGAACUAUGAGCGGUUCCAACAACGAUCCAAGUCCAAAACCUAUUUGAAGGAGGGCAAGGAAACGUUGUCGAAAUGUAGCUCGAAGGAACAAAAUGGGAAAAGCCGAUCAGCAUUGAACGAAGGGAAAGAAACUCGGAAGGAGGAGCACGUGUACGCUGAAGCGAAGCGGAAGAGCAAGAUGAAAAUGGAAUGCGUAAGCCAGAAACCGGAUCAGGACUCCUUGAGACAAAGGAAACUGGACAUAAAUAAGUUCACGUUCUCGAAGGAGUAUUGCGAAAAGCUGACCGGCACGAAGGAUCACAGAUUGGAAUCGUUGAACGAAAGGCGAUCGGCGAGAACGUUGUCGAAAUCACGAAUACUACGAGAUAACGAGAACUUCAUCAUGGCUCCGAGGCCGGGAUUCGACGAGCCUGACGAGCAUAAAGAGAAGCGGUUCUCUAUGAGGAUCGAAUGCGGUUUCGAGUCUAAGCGAGAAGCACCCACGUCCGAGAGAAGGAGCGUUUUUUAUUUGAACGAAGAAAACGGGGAGAUAGGUAAAGAGUCAAGGGAGCACGUAGACACACCAAUGGACGACGACACCGAUUGUCUGGGGAGCUCCAGAUUGUACCCGGAGAGCUACAGCAAUCGCUCUAACGAAGCGAGAAUAGGAGACGAUCGUGGCCGAGAUCGCUUGAGGACGGAAGAAAAUCGAGACGAAACAGAGACGAGCUGCAAGAUCGAUCGGACUAAUGAUAAGUUCCUGGAGGAGAAAAAUAACCGGGCUGGCGUCGACGAGACGACACUGGAGCACGAGAUUCUCUCGAGCCUCGACGAAGCUAUCGACAGCUUCGAUCGAAUCGAGGAAAAGGAACCGAGGAAAUUCGACGAGAAGGAGAAUGGGACGGUAGAAGAGCUCGAUGAUUCUAUACAAAUAAGUAGCCCUUUAUCGAGGACGAAUAGCCCGAAGACGGGCAGGCUUCAGGAGACGUUUAAUUCCUCAUGGGACUCUGAGGUCGGCGCGGACGCCACUGGCGGAAGUGGCUGGGUCAGGAUACACACCGGGAUCGAGAGCAGUCUCGUAUAUCUCACUCUGGACACCACGGCCAAGGAUGUCUGCCGAGACAUGCUGCUGGGCGACGACUUGUCUCUGUUUAUACAGUACGGAGGCGAGUCCGGAAGAAGGCUGGCCUCGCAGGAGAAACCGCUCGAGAUACAGGACCAAUUUCUUCAGAAGCUUGGCUACCAGGACACGUCGAGACGGUCUCGGCUCGGCGUCGAUCCUGAAUUACGACACCUCAUCGCUUUCCACGUGGGACCCGCAUCCCCAUUACCAGAACUAACGGGUUACAGCCGUUGCGGGUACGCGCUGGUACUAAAAGGGUUGGUUUUUCCUCAGUGGAAACGACGACCGUUAGCUGUCAUCGGAUCCAGGCUGUUCCUUUAUCCGGCCUGUCCAGAGUCCCGACCGGAGUGGAUGGAACUCAGCAGCGGGGGCGCGGUGUGUUACGCCCCGUCGCGCCUCGGAAAACUCGUGCUGCGUAUCACUGGAUAUCCAAGGGUCACCCAGCAGAGUCAACAGCAGCAGCAAGAGGUCCAAGCUCACCACCGCGAAACGAGACACUUGUAUCUUGGCUUUCAUCAUCCCUGGGACCGGGACAUGUGGAAAAGUUGGAUUAAACAGGCAAUACAAUUGUCUUCGUGCCCGAUACAGUUGGAUCUGAGCAACGGGGGUCUGUCAAGGAUUCCUGACAGCGCGAUAGCAUUCCCGGCGAUAGAAGAGCUGGUAUUAAGCCAAAACCAACUUACCAACGCGAAUAACAAUCUACCAUUACUGCACAGGUUCCCGAAACUUCAUAUCCUCCAUCUGGAGGGCAACGAGCUGAGGAAAAUACCUCGGGAAUUACUGGAGCUCACCGGGCUGACCUAUCUCAAUCUCUCGGACAACAAAAUUGAGAAGAUUCCGGCCGACGUAAGCCAGCUUAUCAACCUGCAAGAGCUGAUUUUGGAUCGUAAUGGAAUCAGGGAGUUGCCACCUGAGCUCGCGGAGUUGAAAAACUUGCGAAACAUUUCGUUGGCUGGAAAUUGCCUGACCAGUCUGCCGUCUCUGUUCAACAUGCGAGCCCUCGCGUUAACGGAUGUAUUAUCGAGGUCAGAGCAUAGCAGAAAUUGCAAAGAUGAAAGAAAUAAUCAAAAUAAUUUAUACAAAGUCAAUUUACGGAAUAAUCAAUUAAAGGGGAACAUCAUACUUGGAAAUUACGGAAAUUUAACGCAUCUAGACGUCAGUGAAAAUAGCAUUGAGAAAUUGGACAUCAGUGCGCUUCACGAAUUAAGGAGCGUUCGCUGUGCACGAAAUAUUUUAACAGAAUUGACUGUCUGCGGCAGGAAUCUAGUUUCUCUUAUCGCAGGAAACAACAAAUUGAAAAAAUUAACUAUCGAACCAGUGCCCGUGAACCUCGAACACUUAGACGUUUCCUAUAAUAAUUUAGAUGCGCUCCCAGAAUGGACGCCGGAUCUGCCCUUGUUAAGAGCACUUUUCGCGUCUCAUAACGCUUUAACAGCCCUCCCAGACAGACUGCUAACGCAGCCGUCGAGACUGGAAGUUCUUCACUUACCCCACAAUAGAUUGCAAGCCCUUCCACCACCCAGAAAACCGCUAAACAUCGUUCACUUAACGUUACAAGACAACGCACUGACGGCGUUACCCACCAGUUUCUUUACCAAUACAGAAAAAAUGAAAGUGUUAAAUCUAUCCAACAAUCGGCUAUCAGAAUUUCCACACUUUGGCGAAGGAAACAAGAACCGGCAUACUAAUCACAGCUUGGAGAAACUGUAUCUCACGGCGAAUUGCUUAACGGACACUGCAUUGGACACCCUUGCAAAAUUCACUUGUUUGCGGGUUCUCCAUAUAGCAUACAACACAUUGGAUACGCUCCCAGAAAGUUGUAUAUCUUCCUGGAGAGGUUUGGAAGAAUUAGUGCUAUCCGGAAAUCGUCUUCAAUACCUGCCAGACAAUAUGGCCAAUUUACGGCAUCUACGCGUAUUGCGUGUCCAUUCCAAUAGGCUCUUAACUUGUCCGACAUUUAACAAAACAGCAUCGUUAAAGGUAUUGGACCUAGCCCACAAUCAGCUCGACAGAGUUAAUUUAGCCACCUUGGUGCCACCACAUCUUCAAUUUCUCGACAUAUCUUGCAACUCGAGGCUGCAUGUAGACCCUAGACAGUUCCAAGUGUACAGAUCUCAGCGUCCAAUAUCACUGGUUGAUGUAUCGGGACAAAACAGACCCAGUUUACCUUCCCACCCUCAUCAACAGGAAAUCGUCUCCGCGGAGAAGAGCUCGGAACAACCAUGGCGACUCGGGUUUUCGGAAACAGCAGGCUUUAGGGAAAGAUUAUACGUCUCACAAGUGCGUAUGCCGUCGUUCUGUAACAUAGAAGGUCUUUUCGGUAUAUUUGAUGGCGGUUCGAACCAGGAGGCGCCCAGCGCUCUUCAAGAAAUGAUACCACGCUUAUUGCUAGAGGAAAGAACCGUCCGGGAGACAUCGAAAGAAUAUUUAAAAUACACUCUGCUCUCCGCGCACAGGGAACUCAAAGAGAAAGGACAAAGAUACGGAAUCGACGCCACUCUGGUACACAUCGUGAAGAUUCAGUCGCAACCGGGAUAUCCGAAAGCUCCGACUAAGUAUUCAUUAAAAGUGGCUACUUCAGGAGACGCGAAAGCGGUCCUUUGUAGGGCUGCCGGCCCUUUAAUCUUGGCCCCGCCGAAAAAAGUUUCCAUAAAGAAUCAACUAGGUAACGCGGCUAUGUUUCCCUUGGUGGUCCCUGACCCGGCGUUCGAGGAAGUGGACCUCGAGGAUGAUGACGAGUUCGUGAUUAUCGGUAAUAAACGAUUAUGGGAGGUGUUGAGUAUUCAGGAAGCAGUUCGCGAAGCCAGAGCGGAGGCCAGCCCUGUUCUGGCAGCAAAAAGGCUUCAGGAUCUAGCGCAGGCGUAUGGUGCGGAGGAUAAUUUGAGUAUCAUAGUGGUGCGAUUGACGGGAUCCAAUCAGGGUGACUUGAAUCAGUUAAUGAGGGAGCUGAGGCAUGUGGUUGGCAAGAACAGAGGUCAAACCGAAGCAGCCUGUCCUUGUCCUUGUUGCGUACCUCCAGCUAGUCAUAAGCCACCAGGACCUUGCUGCUGUCACGCGAACGAGGGCUAUUAUUUGAAUGGCGUGCUAAAGAGUAUAGUGAAUAGGUCAAACAAAGCUCACAAUCAGAAUGGAUCUGGGAAGUACUUCAAAAAUCGACGAUGCAUGCAGGAGAACGAAAGUCCGCCGUAUAAGGAUGACAGGAGUUCGCCUAGUGGUCAGUCUGAUCAGGCCAGCGAUAGUACAUUCAAAUCGAGACAUCCUUCCGGUAGAGUCUGGUCUGGAAGUGCAGCAUCUAGAGCCACGAAUAAAACUCGCCAAAGUGUUUUCGUAAACGAAAAUGGCACGAGAAAGGCAUCAGCUUGUGUAACAUCGCAAGAGGACACCGUAUCCGAGCGAUCUGGUGCAUUGAGCGAGGAGCAGUUCCGUUGCUGGGAGUACAUGCUGGAACAGAACACUCAACUCCUGUUCGACAAGGAAUUGGACACCUUAACGAGGACCCCUCUACGCCGGGGUCAAUCGAGAUCCACGCCUCAAUUAGGCGGUAAUUUGCCAUUUCUAUCGAAGAGGUUCGGAAGUGCCAGAUCCUUUAAUCCGUCGUUACCGAGACCGCCCAUCGUGCGAUUCGGUAGCGGGAGAAGAUUAUUGAGCGGAGGUCCGAACGCGGCUUACUUCGGCAGUCUGCAGAGGUUGAUGCCAUAUAAUCUCGAAUACGAUUUCGCCGUCAUUCAGGAAAGGAACGGAUUAGACUCUUUGGAACAAGACGCGAACAGAAUGCAACAGUAUUGGGGAGUAGCCACGACCGAGUUAUGAUUGCGAAGAUACUUUUCGAGCGAUAACUUAACGACAAAAUAUCAUAGUCUAAUCAUAUAUCUAAUAAUCGUAAAUAUGAAUGUUUAAGUACAUAUGUAAGUAUAGAAGUAUUUUCGUGUUCCUAAAUGAUAUCUAUUCAAAAAUUGUGAUUGAUUAUGAGUAUAUAAAAUUUAUCAUCAUUAAAGAUAGAUAUGCAUUUUAAUUUUAUACUCUGUUAAAAAAGAGCAAAUUUUCAAUUUUUAAACUAUACAAAGAGUGUACAAUGAUGAAAACUUUUAUAACUGUAGCUAUUUUUAAUUUUGCUUUCGCAAUUUGUGAUAUACGAACAGAGCUCAAUAUUCUUGCGAAACGAGAAUGAAAUGCAUGAUAAAUCGAUAACGGACCUAAUGGAUUGCACAAAUACAUAUGCGAGCUACAGACCUUUAAUUGAAUGCAACGACGAGAGAUAUGUCUAAGGAAUGUCUGGCUGCUUCCUUUGUUUUGCACUUCAUGAUUUUAUGGAUCGAAAUACUCUUGCGUUCUCCGAGCCUUGGAAAAUACAACAAGAAGAAUACGCUUUCCAGAAACGUAUCAUAAAAUUGUAAAUACUUUCAAAAUGCAAACAGUAUUUAAAGAGAGCAUGUAAUAUUUACUACUGUGCAUUUAAAAGCUUGUAAAUACAUACAUUGUAGGGUUACAUUAAACUAUGUAGAUAUUAAUUUCCAGUUGAAAUGACUGAUUAGAACAAUACUUGUAUGAGUUAGAUAACUCUAACGAAGCGACAAACAAGAGACUUGGUUUGUACGAAACAUAGUAUUAUACAUUAUAGUGCUAGUUUAAGAAUCUCUCAGAAAUAAUAAUUUCGAAAUUGUGUUUUUCGAAUAGUUGCGAAUCAUCUCAAUCUCGUCAUUGACGAGCCUUCUGUGAUUUAAUUUCGUAUCUAUCUCUACAUAUGUAUAAAUUCACAUGCGUGAAUUAAAAGCAGCAUUUUUAGAUAAUACAUUAUAAAGAGAACGCCUACUUUUAAGGACGAUUUUAAUAUGUACAAAUAAUCCACAACUAUAAUAAAGAAUAUUUUUGUACCUAAUAAAGAUGUAAUGACUAUUGUACCUGAAGCUACCAAAUAAACCGAUCAAACAGUU